AUGACAUUGCGGCCGUCAUUCACCGAGCCGCUUAUUUCGCCAAAAGACGGCACACGAAUCGUUGCCGACGCUGAAACAAUGACGACGAAAAAUUAUGGUGGAUAUCCAACGAAGAUAUUCACUGAAUUUGAUAUGAAAUCCCAUUGCACAAACGAGUUAUUAAAACGAAGGGAUUCGUGUAAUAAUGAUCCAGAUUUUCCUGAAGCACCACAAUCAAUUGCUGUACGAUACAUGGUUAUCAACAACUGUGAACAUGACACAAUUAAUUUGGAAGAAGAUCUUAAGCUCAAAGGCGAUCCUGUUGAAUCGACCUCAGGAAUCAAUGUCAAUAAAGUCUCAAAGCGGCUUCUGGUUCAAAUUGUGCUUUCUCUGCUCUUCUGCUUUAUCGAGUUCAUAUUCGGUAUAAUUUCGGGAUCAAUUGCGCUUAUUGCUGAUAGCUAUCAUAUGGCUGCUGACGUGAUGGCUCUUAUCGUUGCUUAUAUAUGUCUAAGGAUGGCUCAUAGAGAGUCAAAGUCUAACAGUUACGGUUGGGUACGCGCAGAAGCGCUUGGAGGAUUUUUCAACGGAUUGUUUCUAUUAACCGUGUGUCUUAACAUAUUCCAAGAGGCCACUGGAAGAAUUAUUCAUCCAAAAAUUAUUGGAAGACCUGUCCACGUGCUCAUGGUCGGCGUUGUAGGACUCCUUAUUAACAUUGUCGGCCUUCUAUUGCUCAAUGGGCAAGGACACGGUCAUAGUCAUGGAGGUGGAAGUCAUGGACAUAGUCACGGUGGUCAUUCACAUAGUAACGGUCAUGGACAUAGUCACACUAAUGGAAAGCAGAAAGCCGCUCACAACGAAUGCUCGGAUCAUCUUCUAGCCAAUGAGGAGACUGAACUAAAGCUCGUGGUCGACACUAAAUCACGCACCGGAACAAUUGAACGAAGAUUCACUGGCCCUGGAAUGCCAUAUGCUAGUCAUUUGGCUAGUGAUAUGCUUGACGAGCAGCCUGAUGAAAAGAAGCUCCACAAAAAGAGCAACAAGAAUGUGAAUAUUCGUGGUGUCUACCUCCAUCUCAUGUCUGAUGCCAUUGGAUCCGUCAUUGUCAUUUUUGCAGCAAGCAUUGUGUAUUUCUACCCUACGUGGGAAUAUUCCGCUUACUUUGACCCCGUGCUUAGCUUGUGCUUAGCCUCAAUGAUGUCAUUCUCUGCUUUUGGUUUGGUUAGAGAAUCUGUAUAUAUUCUCCUUAUGAAGCCGCCGAGAGGAAUUGAUAACAAAGUGGUCGAGAGCGAUUUGAAAAAGAUUUCUGGAGUUGUCGAUGUGGCAUGUGUCGAGAUGUGGUCUCUCACUGGAUCAAGACAUAUUGCUUCCGCAUUGGUCAAAUUUUGUCAUCCCGCCGUUUUCACAGAUGCGGCUUUCAAAAUUCGAAAAUAUUUCCACGACUUGGAAAUUCACUCAACAACCAUUGAACCGUCAUUUGAGAUCGAAUCCACCGACAAGGAAGACGAAAUUAUUAUUUCGGAUCCAAUUCCAAUCAAAGCCGUGUCAAUGCGAGUCUCACCAGAAAUAAGGGUUCGAAACCUUAGCAAAGCCAUAAAAGACACAAUUAUUGCAAAUUUGGAUUAUCCUCCAUUUGUAUCAGUUUCUAGUUGGAUAGAAAUUGCAAAUUUCCUCAAGCUCGACCAUACCGAUAUGGUGGUUGUCGAAAGCAGUCAAAAGCCGGCAGAAUAUUUGAUGACGCAUAUUGAAAAUACGCCGGCUCAAUUGCUAUUCAAUGCUCUAGAAUCUGCGAAUCGUGUUGAUAUCUUGCUCUAUGUCAAAAUAUUGGAGAAACGCCGUGGAUUAUGCGAUCCUCUUAGCGGAUUUCAUUCCAUGUCAACAUUCGAGCUCGACUCGAAUUAUGAUCGAGAAUCGGUGUCUUCAUUCCAAUUGGAAUCCGUUGAAUUUCGAAAUUGUUUUCUCAUUAACCAUUAUGAAACGACACAUCAAGAAAAGAAAAAUUUCCGUUGGUUCAUGAAAAAUAUUCGAGAAAACUUCAAGAAGUUGGGAAUCACCCACAUAACGGCUCUCGAUAUUAAUGAGCUCGAAAAAAUUGAAAAUGGAAAUAUUAUUGAGACAUUACAAGCCGCGUUUGUUCAGGUGCCAGCCAUUGUCGUGUGCUAUAAUGAAUCGUUCGUGGAUGCUCUAGAAAAACCUGAACAAGAUUUUGAGUUCAAGUACAAGAGCCAUAUUCAUCAGCAAACUGUUACCGAGUUCUUCGCGAAUGGAAUGAAAAACAAGAGAUGUCGCGUAAUACAUAUGCCGGGAAAUCAACGAACAGAAACUGUCGGAUGGGCGCCGUCAACUGUUCAAUUUCAAUUCCCUGACGGAUUUGGACCAUUCCUUCGACGUCUGAUUAAAUCAUUUUCGACAUCCUCUGCCGUCGGCAUCACAUAG